CAUGACCUCCAGGCCGCCCACCCCGUCUCGGCCGAGAUCUCCGUCCCAGAUCGGGAGACUCUGACGGGCUUCUACGACCACUACGUCCACGUGCCCCCCCACGAGAGCCAGCGGGUGCGCGAGUUCGUGGAGGGCUUCGUGGACGACCUCCUGGCAGCCAUCCGGGAGACGUCGGGCGACCGAGCCGACAUGGAGGUGGACGACUUCAUCGAGGUGGGCAGCCUCUACGAGGCCUGGUGCACGGGGAGGACCUUGACCUGUGACCUCUGGGUGCCCGUCUCCCCCCGCGAGCCGUACAGCUUCGAAGCCCAGCUGUCGACUGACCAGGACGGACACGGCAAGUCCAAGGUGCGCUCGGGAUACGGGAGGGUGAAGGUGCGUGAAGGUGGACGAGGCACUGCCAAUGGAUGCCCAUGCGGUCAGACCGGCGAAGACAACGAUAUGCUGUGCCUUCUUCAUACCCAUGAGAAAAAGGAAGAGAAAAAUGGUGAGGUCGCAGAUGCCAUAGACGCACCCCUGUGCUGUGAGAACACCCCUUACCUGUCCAGAACCGACGUGGCCAAGUGGUUCCGGUCAGCCGUGCGCAAAGCCUGGGAGCAGAUGUCGCACAAGUACGAGCUGGAGCUGACGUUCCAGAGCCGGGAAUCGUUGGGGGCUUUGCGCGUCCGGUUCCGUUCGGGGAAGGCGGUCCACUUCAACGUCACGCCCGUGGUGAAGUUCGACGACACGGACAUGUGUCUGGUCUCCUACGUCGCACCGAAGAGGAAGGACGGCACACCGGUGGAGGCCCAGCAGUGGCCGCUGUCGUUCGCCCGCUACGAGAAAAGCCUCCUCAGGCACCUCGGCCGGCGCCUCCCGCCCAACGCCUGCCACCUCCGCUGCCUGCGGAUCCUGUCCUUCCUCAACAAGAAACAAGCCGGGCUCACCGGCGAGAGCGGCCUCUCCAGCCACCACCUCAAGACGGCCCUGCUGCACCUGCUGCUGGACAAGGCGCCGUCGGAAUGGGGCCCGGAGCACCUGGCCGGCCGACUGCGGGACGCGCUGGACCUCCUCAAGAGCCGCCUGCAGAAGAGAUGGCUGAGUCACGCUCUCGUCGGCAACCCACUGGUCCCACCAGAGCUCGGGCUUCCCGCAAACGUGUGUCAGUCAAAGCCCAUUAAUGUUUUACAGCCGCUCUUGAGUCAGGGACGGCUGUACACCAGAACUGUGCAGCACUUUGAGGAAAUGCUGAGGAAUAUUCCCGUGCUGAUACAGGAGUAUAUGAACGUUCCAAAGAAGGUGGAUUCCAGCUCAUAAAAAGUGAUUUAGACAAAGACUGGCCAAAUUGUGAACUGUGCAUGUUAAGCCCAAUGUUGGGUUGACAAGUCAGGCUCCAACUUCAGUGUUGUCAAUACAUCUCUACAGUGUCAUAUUGUGAGAAGAUUAAUGUAUCAGUGUAUGUAAGCUUGGCAUCACUCU